AUGUCCGAUUCGGAUGUUCUCCAGUCUGCGGUGCGCGUGCCCACGCCUCCCCGGGCGCGUCCUUCUCGAAAACGUUCGCCCCCAUCUCGUUCCCCUUCUCCGAACCGUCGCCGAUCGCCCCCCGGUGAUACCCUUCGAGAUGGUCCCGAUGCUGUCGAUCUCGACGACCGAGAGCGCCAGCUCGCUGAGCGUGUUCGCGAACAUGAGAAGCGCGAAGCGGCGCGCAAGCCGAUGACCGAGGAACAAAAACAGGCGUCGGCCAAGGCAGAAUAUGAGAAGCUUCUCACGAUGAGAUCCGGUGGCACCUAUAUCCCUCCGGCUCGACUCCGUGCGUUACAGGCCCAGAUCACAGAUAAGACGAGCAAGGAAUACCAGCGCAUGGCAUGGGAAGCUUUGAAAAAAUCCAUCAAUGGUCUUAUCAACAAAGUCAACGUUUCAAACAUCAAGUUUAUCGUUCCAGAACUAUUUGGAGAGAACUUGGUGAGAGGCCGAGGUUUAUUCUGUCGGUCGAUCAUGAAGGCUCAGGCAGCCAGUUUGCCCUUCACUCCGAUCUACGCAGCAAUGGCGUCUAUCGUCAACACCAAGCUUCCACAGGUCGGCGAUUUGCUGCUGAGCCGAUUGAUCGUCCAAUUCCGCAAGGCUUUCAAGCGAAAUGACAAGGCAGUCUGCAUUUCUUCUACAACCUUCAUCGCGCACCUCUGCAACCAACAGGUUGCCCAUGAGAUGCUGGCGGCUCAAAUGCUUUUGCUUCUUCUGCACAAGCCCACAGACGACAGCGUGGAAAUUGCCGUGGGACUUACUCGAGAAGUCGGCCAACAUCUGGAGGAAAUGAACGCUCCCAUUGCACUCGCCGUAUUCGACCAGUUCCGGAACAUUCUACAUGAGGCCGAUAUUGAUAAACGUGUGCAGUAUAUGAUUGAGGUUCUCUUCCAAGUGCGCAAGGACCAGUACAAGGACAACCCUGCAAUCAAGGAGGAGUUGGAUCUAGUGGAAGAGGAAGACCAAAUCACACACCGUUCUGGAUUGGAUGACGAGCUGGACACGCAAGACACUCUCAACAUCUUCAAGUAUGAUGCGGAGUGGGAGGAGCAUGAGGAGGCUUACAAGAAAUUGAAGGCCGAAAUCUUGGGCGAGGAGAGUGACGAGGACGAGGAAGACAGAUCAGAUGAGAGCGAGGAAGAAGAGUCUGAUGCGGAAGAAGUACAGAUGGAUAUCAAGGAUCAGAGUAACACUGAUCUUGUGAACCUACGACGAACGAUUUACCUCACAAUCAUGUCCAGUAUCGAUUUCGAAGAAUGCUGCCACAAGCUGAUGAAGAUCAACCUGCCGGCCGGGUUGGAGCAUGAGCUUCCAUCCAUGAUCAUCGAAUGUUGCUCUCAGGAACGGACAUACUCCAAGUUCUACGGUUUGAUCGGAGAGCGAUUUGCGAAAAUCAACCGACUGUGGUCCGACCUGUUUGAGGCCGCCUUCGCCAAGUACUAUGACACUAUUCACCGUUACGAGACCAACAAACUGCGCAAUAUUGCUCAAUUCUUCGGGCACAUGAUCAGCAACGAUGCCAUCGGUUGGCAUGUCUUGUCUGUGGUUCAUCUCAACGAGGAGGAAACUACAUCCAGCAGCCGUAUCUUCAUCAAAAUUCUCUUCCAAAAUCUCGCUGAAAACCUUGGUCUUCCUGGACUGCAGGCCCGCUUCAGGGAUGAGAUCCUGCGGCCCAGCUUCGAGGGCCUCUUCCCUACAGAGAACCCUCGUCACACCAGAUUCUCCAUCAAUUACUUCACCAGCAUCGGCAUGGGUUUCCUGCUUUGCCUGCCCGAGCUGCAUCUCGAUCUCCCUCACGCACCCCAUCCGACCGUUCCCCUUCCCGUUCCAUGUGCUCAACCUGCACCGGAUCUCCUCACUCACGCCGUUCGCGGUCCUAUUCGUACUCUCGCUCUCCCUCCAGGGACCGUGGUCGUUCCUACUCCCGUUCCAUCACCUCUUCCCGGAGCCGAAGCUACACACCCUCACGUUCUCGGUCUCCAGUCCGUCGCGGCCGUGGCGCGUCCGUUAGUCGGUCCCGAACCCCAGCAAGACGAUCGCGCUCCCGAUCUGGAUCCCGAUCCAUCUCGCGGUCACCGGUCAGACGUAGCCGAGCACGUUCCCGUGCCGAUUCGCGAAGCCUUAGUCGCAGUCCGUACCGGUCUCGUCGGUCAUACACUCGAUCGGUCACUCGGUCGGUUUCUCGGUCUGUCACGCCUCCGCGCCGAGGCCAAAGUCCGCCUCGCCGGAGAUAUCGCAGCUAUUCAAGAUCGGUCUCUCGUUCCGUCACACCUCCACGUCGUCGGCUGCCAUCGCGCGGCGCGAGACGAGCCUCGUCCGUAUCUGUGUCACCCCCUCCUCGUCGACGCAGUGACGUUUUAG